AUGAAAAAAGUCAUAUCACCUGACUGUCCCGAUUGUGAUAGACCGGAGGACAUACACCAUUUAUUGGUGGAAUGUGUUCGGAACGAGGCGGAGAGAUGGGAGAUAUUCUCUAGAUUUCCCAUUCUUCGCCAGGUCGGCGGCUGUAACGGUGCCCUAUCCCAACCUCUGUCGGAUGAGAUUUUUUUUUAUUCUAGAUUUUACAAAAAAUUUGGCUUUCCUGGGGUUCUUGCCUGCGUUCAUGGUACUCAUGUUGCUUUGGUGAGACCCAGUGAACAUGAAGAAAGAUUCUUCAAUCGCAAGCAUUACCAUUCUAGGAAUGUUCAAAUAAUUUGUGACAGUGAUUUAAACAUUUUUAAUGUUGAUGCAACAUUUGGAGGGGCCAGCCAUGAUGCAUAUAUCUGGCGUCAGUGUGCGCUCAACCAACAUGUUCAAGAGCUACAUAAUAAUGGAGAAAAUCUUUGGCUUUUAGGUGAUUCAGGGUACCCAUUAAGACCUUGGCUUUUGACACCUAUUGUCAAUGCUCAUCCUAGGUCUCCAGAGGAACAUUAUACAAAUGUUCACUGUAGAACAAGGAACACUGUCGAACGGUGCAUAGGAGUGUUAAAGGCCCGUUGGCGUUGUUUGCUGGUUCAUAGGGUGCUACAUUAUGACCAUCAUACUGUGGCAAAAAUAAUAAAUGCCUGCUGUGUCAUGCACAACAUGGCUAAUAGAGCUAGGCUUGCUGUACCUGAGCUAUCACAAACAGAUUUCGAAGCUGAAAGAAAUCAACAAGAGCCACAUGGUCAACCACAAUAUGGUCCAAGUGAAUCUCAGUUGUUACAGAAUGGCCGUCAACAAUUGGCAACUAUAGUUCAGAGAUUGUGGAGGAACAGAACUUAGAUUUUAUUGAUUCCUGUCCAAAUGGUUUUUAAGGUUCCGUACCUCAAAAGGAAAAAUGGAACCUUUAUAGGAUCACUUUGUUGUCUGUUGUGACUUCACCGCUCUCGUUCUGACAGCUCUAUGGCCGUCAACUACUAUCUAUGGCUAAGUAAACACUCAACGUGCCAACGUAGUGAUAUAUUCUCUUUGCAACGUACAUUGUUUUCUAAUUUUUGUGUAUCGGUCUCUCUGUGUGUCUGCGCGCUCUUUACAAAGGUGUUUGAAAGGCGCAUUUGGAACCCUAGUCCCUUUUAAGUUUACAAAUCAACUUACAAUAGUAAUAUGUGGUUGAUAUAGUGGGUAACACGUUAAGUUCUAUUCUGUAUUAUUCUACUGUAUUAACUUUAAGCAUUGCGUGCUACUGUUUGUUGAUCCGAAUAAAUAAAAUAUGUAGAAUAAAACAAAUCGACCGCCUUGCUUGAAAGUAUUCUAAUAUUAAAAAAGUCGCAAAAGUCAGAGAAACUGAAAUCAA